ACUUCGAGCUGAUUGGCUAGGUGCGCGCUGUGGGCGGAGCCCUGGCCGUGCACUGAAUGGAGUGCUCUGGGGCUGUGGGCGUGGUUAACCCAGAGAGGGGAAUGGUUGGCCCCCUCCUCGCUGCACAUCUCAGGCUGGAACCCGGGACAGGCGGCUGCUCCUCACUGCUCCACCAUCACCACCUACCUCACCCACCUACCGGCAUGAAGGGAGGAGGGGCCUUGCACUGUCGAUGCUCUAAAUGUUUUACUGGCCCUCCCAAGCGUCGGGUGAAAAGACGCCCACGAUUGCUGACCCUUCUCAGCCUCCCAGAAGACGUCCUACUUUAUAUCCUGGAGUGCUUACCUGCCGUGGACAUCCUUUCCAUGCGAGAUGUACAUCCUCAACUAAGAGCUCUGGUGGAUAAUCACAGCAGCGUUUGGGCCCGUACUGGUUUUCAAGAUGUAUGGCCUUCCCCAGAAAACUUGCAUCUCUUUGAAAGGGCGGCAGAAUGCGGGAACUUUGAAGCAUGUGUAAAGCUGGGAAUUGCUUACUUGUAUAAUGAGGGAUUAUCUAUGUCAGAUGAUGGACGGGCUGAAGUGAAUGGACUAAAGGCCUCCCGUUUCUUCAGCCUGACAGAGCGUCUAAACAUUGGAGCAGACCCCUUCAUCUGGCUGUUCAUUCGUCCACCUUGGUCGACCUCUGGAAGUUGCUGCAAAGCUGUGGUGUUUGAUAGCUUGAAGGAAGAGUGUGCUGCUGCUGUAACUCCUGAUGAAGGGUUAAAAAAGGGUCUCCGGGGUUCUAUCCAGUAUUGUUUGGCAAAAGUUCUAAGCUUAUUUGAGGAUGAUGAUCGUAAGAAUGGUGCUCUAAAAAUGCUUGAAGUUUCAGCCUCUCUUGGCUGCCUAAACAGCUCCUACCUCCUAUGGGAAACCAAUCAGAAAAACGCUUUAUCGGAUCCUGGUAGAUAUCUGCAGAGUAUGAGGCAGCUACGAGACUACGCGGCCCGCGGGUGCUGGGAUGCUCAGAUCUCCUUGGCGAAGUCAUGUGGGCAAAGGAACCAGCUGGGUCACGAACAACGACCAACAUCAGAACCAGUAUCUCAGGUCUUUCAGUCAUCUCAACCUAUCAGCAAAACUGGCAUUUUUACCAGACAGAAGGGCAUGAAUGAUACAAUGCGAUACAUCCUCAUUGAUUGGCUGGUGGAAGUAGCCACAAUGAAAGACUUUUCCAGUCUCUGCCUGCAUAUGACGGUGGGAUUGGUGGAUCGGUACUUGAAACUCCGCACUGUCCCACGGGCCAGACUCCAGCUCGUGGGAAUUGCAUGUAUGGUGAUUUGCACACGCUUUAUUAGUAAAGAGAUUCUGACAAUCCGCGAAGCUGUCUGGUUAACAGAUAACACUUACAAAUAUGAGGAUCUGGUUCGUAUGAUGGGAGAAAUCAUCUCUGCACUAGAAGGAAAAAUAAGGAUUCCUACGGUGGUAGAUUAUAAGGAUGUUCUUGCACACAUUGUUCCGAUGGAUCGAAACACUUUGCAUCUCUGCAGCUACAUCUCAGAACUGUCUCUUCUGUAUACAGAACUGUCUGUCUAUUCCCCAGCUCAGCUGGCUGCCGGCGCCCUGCUGCUUGCAAGGAUACUGCACGAACAAGCACUCCCCUGGCCGGCUCAGCUGGUAGAGAACACCGGUUUUACCUUGGAGCGGCUCACACCAUGUGUGCUGCUCCUACACAAGAAAUGUUUUUUCGAUGAUGCACCCAAGGAUUACCGGCAGGUGUCUUUGACAGCCGUCAAACAGCGCUUUCAGGAUGACCUUUAUGACCAGAUUAGCAAAGCAAAGGUGAUGGAUCAUAGCCAGCUGUGUAUGCUGCUCGGAGCCCCGCUCCUGGACACAGAGCCCCUCGUGUCUUCUCCUAGCAUGGCUGACGUCCAUCCCUUCCUGUGCUCGCCUUCUGGGAAUAAAACAAAGAGACGUAGAGAAGACAGCAUACAGGAAGAUCGGGGUAGCUUCGUGACCACUCCCACGGCUGAGCUGUCAAAUCAAGAAGAAACACUCCUGGGGAACUUCUUGGACUGGAGUCUCGAUACAUCGUGUUCUGGCUAUGAAGGUGACCGGGAAAGUGAGGGCGAGAGGGAAGGAGAUGUCACGGGACCUAGUGGAAUUUUGGACCUCUCGCUCUUUCACAUAGACCAGCACUGCCAAGAAUCUAGUGAUGAGGACACGUCGAUCAUCCUUCAUUCGCUCCCAAUCCUGUCCAAACCCAACACUGCCGAACACUGUGUGAAACCAGGAGCGGAAAACAGUUCUGGAUACUCCUCUGUGAGCAGUGCCAGAAGCCCUACCUCUUCUCCCACUGGCCUGCCUUUUACCCCCACCCCAGGACAAUCUCAUGGGAAACUGUCCUCCAUUCCAUACCCUCAUUUUAAGACUGGCCGCAGGCAGGUGAAAAGGAAAAAUCAAGCACAGCAUAGUGAAGAGAACCUCUCUGAACCCAUGUAAAGAAUUCCUCCCCUGUUCUAUCAUUUUGUAAAGAGAAAUAUAUAUAUUUUUUUCAUUUAAAAGAAUCCGCCAACUCUGUUCUUUUACCUCCUAACCCCUUACUUUGGU